GUCGCGGUUGCCUGGAUACCGCGGCGCAACAGUAGCGGCCGCCGGAGCUGCGGAGCGUCUGGGCCUGGGCUGCGCUGCCAGGGGCUGUUGGCCCUCGUUUUCCGAGGUGCCGGAGGAGGAGCGGCACGCCUAGGUCGCCCCAGCCUGUGUCCCGUCCUUGGAGAGAGAUGCCGCUUCCCGAUACCAUGUUCUGCGCGCAGCAGAUCCACAUUCCGCCGGAGCUGCCGGACAUCCUGAAGCAGUUCACCAAGGCGGCGAUCCGCACGCAGCCCGCCGACGUGCUGCAGUGGUCCGCGGGGUAUUUUUCAGCUUUGUCAAGAGGCGAUCCACUUCCUGUAAAGGACCGAAUCGAGAUGCCUGUGGCCACUCAGAAAACAGACACGGGCCUGACUCAGGGACUCCUUCGAGUUCUGCAUAAGCAGUGUAGCCACAGGCAGUAUGUGGACUUGGCCGACCUUGAGCAGAAAUGGGGAAAACUGUGCCUGCCCAUAGAAAAAUUCAGAGCUCUCUUGCAGCUGGAUCCUUGUGAACACGAAAUGGAGUGGAUGAAAUUUUUAGCGCUUGGAUGUAGCAUGCUUGGCGGGUCCCUGAGCACCGCCAUGAAGCAUCUGUGCGAGAUCCUGACCACCGACCCCGAGGGGGGCCCCGCGCGCAUCCCGUUCGAGACCUUCGCCUACGUGUACCGUUACCUGUCCAGGCUGGACCCCGCGAUCUCCGUGGCGGAAACGGACGUCUACCUCUCCUCGCUGAAGGACAGCAUAGAAUCUAGAAAGAAUGGCAUGAUAGGACUUUCAGAUUUCUUCGUUCUAAGGAGGAAAAUGUAG